UCUUCUCCGCCUCAUCGACCGAUAUCCUCUUUUCACAUCUGAACCCUUCCUUAAACCUCUUCUUCCUCAUCACUUCUCCUGCGUGAUUUGGAUCCCGAUCCGCCGGAAUUGGAAUGGAGAACGGCUUUUCGUCGGACGAGGACACCGAUGUGAGCGACUCGGAGGUGGAGGACUACGAGGAGGAGAGCUACACGGCGCUGAGGACCGGGAACCACCGGAUCUGCAACCCCGACGGCACCUUCCGCUGCCCCUUCUGCGCCGGCAAGAAGAAGCGGGACUACCAGUUCAAGGAUCUCCUCCAGCACGCCACUGGCAUCGGGGCCUCCAGCUCCCGCAAGGGCUCCCUCAAGGCCAACCACCGCGCCUUCGCCCGCUUCCUCCAGCGCGACCUCGCCCCCUCCAUUUCCCUCCCCCCGGCGGAUCUCAAAGCCGCGGUCACCGCCGCCGCUGUCCCCUCCGCCCCUCGCUCUCCCUCUCCCUCUCCUUUGUCCUCCCUUACCACCGCCGCUGCCGCCGACUCGGAGCCUCCCCCCGAAGAGGAGCUGUUCGUUUGGCCUUGGAUGGCUGUCCUUGUCAAUGCCGAUCCAUCCGAAGCAGAGGGGGAAACUAACUCACUUGCUGAUCAGCUCGCGGAAUUCCACCCCACCGACACAGUCUUCUUGCAUUUGGAGAAAGGGGGAAGAUCUACCGGCACCACCGUGAUUGUUAAGUUCCAACACAGCUGGGGCGGGUUUGAAAAUGCCAUGUAUUUUGAGAAACGCUUUAAGGCAAGCCGAUGUGGUAGGGAACAAUGGAUUGAGCUGCAGGGUGACGUCUCCAGCACAUUGUAUGGAUGGAUCGCCCGCUCUGAUGACUACAACGAAGACAGCGGCAUUGGUCGGUACCUGAGGAAACACGGCGAACUAAAGACCAUAAAGCAGGUCACUGAAGAGGAGAACAAGGAGAAAGGUAAACUUGUCGCCAAUCUAGCAUACCAAAUCGAUGUUAAAAAUCAGCACUUGCAUGACUGGGAGGUGAGGAACAACAAAACUAAUCUCGUCAUCCACCAACUGAUUUAUGAGAAAGACAAGCUUCAUCAAGCUUAUAAUGAUGAAAUGAGAAACUUACAGCGCACUGCAAGAGAUACUACCCUCAAGAUUUUUGAGGAGAAUGAAAAGCUGAAGGCAGAGUUGGACUUGAAGAGAAAGGAAGUUGAAUCGCGGUCCAAAGAACUGGAUAAUAAGGAAGCACAAAAUGAGGAUGAAAGAAAGAAACUUGAUGAUGAGAAGCAAAAGGUUGAAGAAGCAUCAAUGCUUCAAAAAGAAACAGAGGAAGAAGUCUUGAGACUCAUAGAAGAGCAGAAGAAGGAAAAAGAAGCUGCUCUUGCAAGAGUUCUUCAAUUAGAGAAGGAAAUUGACCAUAAACAACAACUGGAGUUAGAAAUAGAAAACUUGCAAUGGAACUUAAAAAUCAUGAAGCAAAUGGAAGGGGAAGAUGCUGCAGAUAUACAGGAAAUGGAACAAAAGUUGGAAAGAGAAAGAGAAGAAUUGGAGUCCUUGAAUAAUACUCUCAUAAAGAAAGAACGAGAAAGCAAUGAUGAGUUGCAGGCUGCUCGGAAAGAGUUGCUUACGGGUUUGGAGGAUUUACUUACUGGCCGUACAUUGAUUGGGAUCAAAAGAAUGGGUGAACUUGAUGAGAAGGCCUUUCAGAAUGCUGCCAAGAAAAAAUUCAAGUCUGAUGAGGCUGACAUCAAAGCUGCUGAAUUAUGUUCUAGCUGGCAAGAAGAACUGAAGAAUCCAUCAUGGCAUCCGUUUAAGAUAGUUGUCACGAAUGGGAAGGAGGAAGAAUUCCUCGUCGAGGAUGACCCAAAGCUAAAAAAACUAUGGAUCGAGUAUGGAGACGAUGUAUGCAAUGCAGUGAAAACAGCUCUACAAGAACUGAAUGAAUAUAACCCCAGCGGAAGAUACGUGGUACCAGAGCUCUGGAACUUCAAGGAUGGACGAAAGGCAUCAAUGAAGGAGAUAGUGCAGUACAUUAUAAAACACUGGAAGUCUUCUAAGCGUAAAAAAUGAGGAGACCAAGCGUUGACUAAGGUUAUCUUUUCCUAACAUAAGUCAGAUGAAUUAGCUGGCAAGUUUGCAUCAAUUAGCCUAGUCAGACUCUUCAGAAAUCAUCUCUGGUCCUCUGUUUGUGCGAUGCUUCUAAUAAGAGAUGUUUGUAUUUUCUGGAGCCCCCUAGAAAAUGAUUUCUCAUGAACCAUGAAACUUAUUGUAUCAUCUCACUAUCUUAGCAGGCCCUCUUUUGUGUGUUCCAGGCCAAGGUAAUUUAUUUUUGACACUGCAAGUUGUAAAUCUCCAAUCCUAUUAGAUGUACCAGAUCCUUUGUGAUGUGUUUCUUUUCA